AUGUUAGUACCAUUUAUAGAUAUUUCAAACCAACAAUUAUCAGUAGAUUUUGUCAAAUCUCUUGAUUUAAUUGGAGAAAUUAUUCUUCGUAUUCCUGAUUUUAAUGAUACAUCUUUAUUAUCUCAAUUUCUUGAAAAACAUCAAUUAGAUAAAUAUUGGUUAAUUUCAGUAAAAGAAAUAGUACCUGAUGAUAUUGAAAAUAUCGUUAAAUUCCUUGAUCAAGGUGCUCAAAAAGUAGUUAUUCCAGGUUCAAAAAUUUUGACAAGUGAUUAUAUUUCUACUUUACCAGCAGAUAGGUUAGCUGUUAAUGUAAAUUCACGCGAUUUAUGUGAUGAAGAAUUGAUUAAAAAAUUAGCAGGAUUAGUUUCUGGAUACUUGGUUACGGAUGUUGAUUUGGAAUCUAUUUCUGGAAAUUUUUUUCAAGAUUUGAAUAAUUUUAUACAAAAUGUACAAAAGAGUACUCUUAUAUCUGGUUUAAUCGCAAAAGUCACUGUUAUUUUGCAAGAAACAAAUGAUAUAAAAUAUUCAACAAAUUUGGUUCAACAUUUAUCAACAAUUUCUGCUGAUUUAGUGGUUCCCAUCAAAUAUCUCACAUUGGAUUCAGAUAAUAAUUUAUUAAACGUAGCGGACGCUUUAACAUGUACAUUAAAAUCGGACCGUUCUGAUGGUUUGUUUAUAACUGUUGUAGUGGAUGAAAGAGGUGUGGCAUUAGGGGUAGUGUAUUCAUCUACCGAAAGUGUUAAAGAAGCACUCAAAACUAGAACAGGUGUAUAUCAAAGCAGAAAACGUGGCCUAUGGCACAAAGGUGCUACAUCGGGAUCUGUUCAAGAAUUAAAAAAAAUUGAGGCAGAUUGUGAUGGUGAUACGUUAAAAUUUACAGUUAAACAAUUUGGAACUGGAUUUUGUCACUUGAACACGCGUACGUGCUUUGGUGGAAGUAAAGGUCUUAUAGCACUUGAAGAGACCCUUCAAAAUCGAAAGAUAUCCGCACCUCCCGGAUCAUACACACAACGAUUGUUCCAGAACCCAGAUUUACUUCACUCAAAAAUCAUGGAAGAGGCAGAUGAAUUGUGUUCUGCUUCUACCAAAGAUAAUAUUGCUUGGGAGACGGCAGAUUUAUUAUAUUUUGCCCUUGUUAAAUGUGUUGCGAAUGACAUCUCGCUAACUGAUGUGGAAGCACAUUUGGAUAAGCGUGCAAAGAAAGUAACUCGGCGACCUGGUAAUGCCAAACCUCAAUGGGAUGUUUCCUCUAAAAAAGCAACGGAAAUUGAUAGCGAUACAAAAGAUAAACAAAUUCCAGAUACUAUUAAAAUGCAAAAAUUCAAAUUAUCUGAAAUUGAUUCGAGAAAAAGAAAAUCACUUCUUAAACGACCUAUCAUCAAAUCCGAUGACAUUAUGGCAAGAGUGCGUCCUAUUGUCAAUGAUGUACGAAAUAAAGGUGAUGCGGCCCUUAUUGAAUACACGGCAAAGUUUGAUAAGGUUCAACUUAAUACUCCCGUAAUUUCUGCGCCUUUUUCACCAGAAGCGAUGGCACUCGAUGACGUCACGCGUUGUGCGAUUGAUCAAGCUUAUGACAAUAUUUACAAAUUUCAUGAUGCACAAUAUGACCGUUCAACACUAGUCGUCGAAACAAUGCCUGGUGUAGUUUGUUCACGAUUUAGUCGUCCUAUUGAACGAGUUGGACUUUACGUCCCAGGUGGUACAGCGAUCUUGCCAUCAACAACCCUUAUGUUAGGUAUACCAGCUAAAGUAGCAGGAUGUAAAGAAAUUAUUAUUGCAAGCCCGCCACGAAAAGAUGGAACUGUUGUACCUGAAGUGCUAUAUGUAGCGCAUAAAGUUGGUGCUUCUAAAGUUCUGUUGGCAGGCGGUGCUCAAGCAAUCGCAGCGCUUGCAUAUGGAACCGAAUCAGUACCUAAAGUAGAUAAAAUAUGCGGUCCCGGAAAUCAAUACGUUACUGCUGCAAAAAUGUUGGCACAAAAUGAUAGUUCUGCGAUGAUUUCCAUCGAUAUGCCGGCAGGGCCUUCAGAACUUUUGGUUAUUGCCGAUAAUUCAAGUAUUCCCAAGUAUGUGGCAUCUGAUCUUUUGUCACAAGCAGAACAUGGAACAGAUUCACAGGUAGUAUUAAUUGGUGUUUCUCUAACACCUGAACAUCUUGCAAACAUUGAACGUGAAAUUCAUGAACAAGCAAGUCGUCUUCCAAGAGUAGACAUUGUUCGAGAAUCAAUUCCGAAAAGUUUCAUCUUGCAAGUAAAUAAUAUGAAGGAAGCAAUGAAGUUUUCAAAUGAUUAUUCUCCUGAGCAUUUAAUAUUGCAUAUUGAUGAAGCCGAAAAAUGGGUGGAUGCUAUUGAAAAUGCUGGUAGCGUUUUUGUUGGAGCUUAUUCACCAGAAAGUUGUGGGGACUAUGCCUCUGGUACCAAUCAUACUCUUCCCACAUAUGGCUACGCGCGAAUGUAUUCUGGAGUUAACACACUUACGUUCCUAAAACAUAUCACUGCACAAAAAUUGACUAAACAAGGAUUAAAAGAUUUAGGACAUACGGUUAUGAGAUUAGCUGAAGUUGAAGGAUUAGAAGCUCAUAGAAAUGCGGUUCAUGUUAGAAUUCAUGAUAUUGAAAAUGAUUAA